AUGUGGUCCGCUUUAUCUGUUGCCCCUUAUGCGCUCGCGCUGGGGAUAUUUUCUCUGCUGUACUUUGUCGUCUUUCCAUGGGUGGAGUAUAUUAGGGACCCCAAAGGGCUCCGGAGAUACCCCAACCUGAAUCCCUUUUCUGGAAUGUCUGCAAUACCUUUCAUGAUCCUCGCAUCGAGAGGCUUCCGCUCGAAAGAGCUCCAGGAACUUCACAAAACCAAGCCCGUCAUUCGGACCGGACCUAAUCAACUGUCGUACGGGGACGUACGUGCAAUUAAGAAUAUCUAUGGGCACAAUACCAAGUGCACCAAAGAUCCCUCCUACACUGUGACGGCUGGAACGCACUAUCACCUUGCUGACGUGGUCGACAAGCCUGACCAUGCACGGAAACGCAAGGUUCUUUCGUCCGCAUAUGCGCUCAAGAACUUAGAAACAUGGGAGCAUAAAGUCAGUGAUAAAGUCGAGAAAGUCGUCGCGCAUUUUGACAAAGUAUGCACGGCGCCACCCUCCGCUGCCGUGGCGGCGGGAAAGGUAGCCCCGGACCCGAAAGACCUUACCGUUGAUUUCAGAGCUUGGACCAAUUUCUUUACCCUUGAUGCCAUCGCUGAUAUCGGAUUAUCGGAGAAGCUUGGCUUCCUGGAUACAGGAAGCGAUGUCUGUAUCGCUGAGAGAAAGGAUGGUUCGAUAUACGAGGUCAAUCUUCGCGAGGCGCUGUACCCAAGUGCUCGUAAGCAGUCGCUCAUUCUGUGGAACUAUGAAUGGUACCCAGCCCUCAAUAGACUGGUCAAUGUGAUCCCAUUUUUCAAGCGCAUGCAGACUUCGGCAGAUAACUGGGAAAACAUCGUGUGGCGCCGGGCAAUGACCCGCCUGCGCCGGUACGAGGCAGGCGAGAAGCUCGAAGACUUCUUUCAGGCGAUGAUGGAAGACAAGAACGGCAGAGCCAACAAUUUAGAAUGGGGUGAGAUCGUCGCCGAGAUGAAUAUUAUGAUGAACGCCGGUAGUGUGACAACUGCAAUUGCUAUCGCGAACGUUAUGUAUCAGCUUCUUCGGAACCCGGAGUCCCUGGGAAAGCUCCGUGAGGAGAUCGAUUCCGUGCUGGAUCCAGAAGAGAUCGUCGCCCCAUAUGAUAAAGUGAAGCACCUCCCAUAUCUCCGUGCUUGUUUGGAUGAAUCCCUCCGCAUCUUCCCACCAACAUCGCACGGUCUUCCCCGUGAGACACCCCCCGAGGGUGCGGAGAUCCUCGGUGAAUGGGUAGCCGGAAAUACGUCGGUUAGCAUGUCCGCAUAUGUGGUACACCGUGAUGAAAGUGUCUUCCCCAAGUCAGACCAGUACAUUCCAGAACGGUGGCUAGGGGAAGAGGGCAAGGCUCUUCAACCAUACUUGAUUGCCUUUUCGGCGGGCGCGAGAUCCUGCAUUGGUCGAAACAUUUCGUAUCUAGAACAGACUAAGAUCCUGGCUACGCUGGUACAUCGAUACGAGUUUGCACUGCCACAUCCCGGGUGGGAGCUGAAGCGGUUGGAGACAAUGAACUUGAUCUUGGGAGAUAUGCCCGUCAAGGUGUGGAGGCGCAAUUUGUAUGAGGCAUGA